UAUCAACACAAUAGCUGAACAGCAUUUGGGCUUUUCGGGCUUUCAUCUAAACCCACCUUCAAAUUUGGUUUUUACUUGAAGACUUGUGCCAAAAUGUAUAGCGGGGACUACAUUCAGGGGACAAUCUUCCCAGCUCCAAAUUUUGAUCCUGUUAUGGAUGCCCAGGUGAUAGGGGGAGCUCUACAAGGAAUAGAUUGUGAUAAAGAUCUGUUGAUUGAUAUUCUAACACAGCGCUGCAAUGCACAGAGACUCAUGAUUGCUGAUGCUUAUAGGAACAUGUAUGGCAGGGAUAUGAUUAUGGAUCUGAAAGAGGUUCUCUCACAUCACUUCAAGGAUGUUAUGGUUGGCCUGAUGUAUCCAUUUGCAUCCUACGAUGCCCAUGAGCUCUGGCAUGCUAUGAAGGGAGCUGGCACAGAGGAGAACUGUCUAAUCGAUAUAUUAGCUUCAAGAACAAACGGAGAUAUCUUCCAGAUGAAAGAAGCCUAUCUAUUGCAAUAUGACAGUGACCUUCUUCAAGACAUUUCUUCUGAGACCUCUGGCCACUUUAGAGAUACACUUAUGAACCUUGCUCAGGGAACCAGGCAAGAAGGCUAUGCCGAUCCUGCUAUGGCUGCUCAGGAUGCUAUGGUCCUAUGGGAAGCAUGCCAGCAAAAAACUGGGGAACACAAAAACAUGCUGCAAAUGAUUCUGUGCAACAGAAGCUACCAGCAGUUAUGGAUGGUUUUUCAGGAAUUUCAGAAUCUAUCUGGACAAGAUAUAGUAGAUGUCGUUAAUGAAUGUUACGAUGGAUACUUUCAAGAACUAUUGGAAGCAAUAGUUCUCUGUGUGAGAGACAAAGCGUCCUAUUUUGCUUAUAGACUUUACAAUGCAAUUCACGAGCUAGGAUUCCAUAACAAAACAAUUAUAAGGAUUCUGAUUGCCAGAAGUGAAAUAGACCUGAUGAAUAUAAGACAACGGUACAAGGAGAGAUAUGGAAAAUCACUUUUUCAUGAUAUCAAACAUUUUGCCUCUGGACACUAUGAGAGAGCUUUGCUUGCCAUCUGUGCUGGUGAUGCUGAAGAUUAUUAAAAGGAAGAAAAUAUUUGGAGAAAUGAAAAUGUUAUAGGCUACAAAUGUUUUAAUAGUCAUCCAAGCGGUACACACUAUUUCUCUGUAUGUUAUACUUCAAUAUGAUCUGUUCAAUGCCUUAUCUUUUCAAAACAAACUCUGUCAAAUCUCUUUUUAAAAAAUUCUUUUAAAAAAAUUUAAACUGAAAUAGACUUUCAGUAAACAAAUUAUUUUCCUCCUUUUUAUCAUUUAUAUUGCUCUUUCAUGGAGUCUCACAAUAUUCUUUACAGAAGAGUGUCUGACAUCCAGACUACUUUAUGCCAAUUGAAAUUAAGUAGUCAUUUAGUGUAACUCCUGAGCACUAGUAUUGAUUGACUUAAUCUGGAUGUCAGUUAGUGGCCUCUACAUUAUACAACCUACAAUAAUCCUGAAGAAACUGUGUGUACUCUGCAUAGAUCUAUUUGA